AUGAACGAAGCAAUGGCUACUUCACUUUCUCUCUCUUGUUGUUCUCCAACUCUCUCUCGUAGCACUCUCCUCUUCACCAAAACCUUUCCAUUUUCUCGCUCCUUCUCCAUCGCUCUCCCUCUCUCCACCAAAUCCCUAAUUUCUCUCUCGUUUCCCCGUCGCACCUUCGCCGUCCGCGCUGAAUCCCCAAACGGCGUCGACCCCGCUCGCCAGUAUGACUUCGACCUUUUCACCAUCGGCGCCGGAAGCGGAGGCGUCCGCGCUUCCCGCCUUUCCUCCAAUUUCGGCGCUUCUUCUGCUGUCUGCGAGCUCCCGUUCUCCACUAUCUCCUCCGAUACCACCGGAGGUGUGGGCGGCACCUGUGUAAUACGGGGAUGUGUCCCUAAGAAAUUGCUAGUCUAUGCCUCAAAGUUCUCUCAUGAAUUUGAAGAAAGCAAUGGUUUUGGAUGGAGAUAUGACAGUGAACCUAAGCAUGACUGGAGUAGUUUGAUUGCUAAUAAAAACGCCGAGUUGCAGCGGCUUACUGGUAUCUAUAAGAAUAUUUUGAAAAAUGCCGGUGUCAAGUUGAUUGAAGGCCGUGGAAAGAUUGUAGAUCCUCACACAGUUGAUGUUGAUGGGAAGUUAUAUUCAGCGAAACAUAUUUUAGUUUCAGUUGGAGGUCGACCCUUCAUUCCUGAUAUUCCUGGAAAGGAAUAUGCAAUAGAUUCAGAUGCUGCCCUUGAUUUACCAUCAAAGCCUCAGAAGAUAGCCAUUGUUGGUGGGGGUUACAUUGCCUUGGAGUUUGCUGGUAUCUUUAAUGGUUUGAAAAGUGAAGUUCAUGUAUUUAUACGACAAAAGAAGGUUUUGCGGGGAUUUGAUGAAGAGAUUAGAGAUUUUGUUGCAGAAAAUAUGGCACUGAGAGGUAUUGAAUUUCAUACUGAGGAGUCUCCUGUAGCUAUCACUAAGGCAGCUGAUGGUUCACUCUCUUUAAAGACCAACAAAGGUACCGAGGAAGGUUUCUCUCAUAUUAUGUUUGCCACAGGACGCAAACCUAAUACUAAGGAUUUAGGCCUGGAGUCUGUUGGUGUGAAAUUGGCUAAAGAUGGAUCAAUAGAGGUUGAUGAAUACUCUCAAACAUCGGUUCCUUCUAUUUGGGCAAUUGGAGAUGCUACAAAUAGAGUAAAUCUCACUCCAGUUGCUUUGAUGGAGGGAGUGGCAUUAGCAAAGACAUUGUUUCAGAAUGAGCCUACAAAACCUGAUUAUAGAGCUAUUCCUUCUGCUGUGUUUUCCCAACCACCAAUUGGAGGAGUUGGUCUUACAGAGGAUCAGGCUGCAGAACAAUAUGGGGAUAUUGACGUCUACACAGCAAAUUUUAGGCCGUUGAAGGCCACCCUCUCUGGGCUUCCAGACCGGGUUUUUAUGAAACUAAUAGUCUCUGCAAAAACAAAUGUAGUUCUUGGAUUACACAUGUGUGGAGAAGAUGCUGCUGAAAUUGCGCAGGGGUUUGCAGUUGCUAUUAAAGCUGGAUUGACAAAGGCGGACUUUGAUGUCACAGUAGGCAUUCAUCCAACUGCAGCUGAGGAAUUUGUUACCAUGAGGACUCCCACUAGGAAGAUUCGAAAGAACCAAGCUUCACAGGGUAAGUCAGAUUCUGAAGCAAAAGCUGUGGCUGGAUCUUAA